UGUCUGGAAGAUCUCAUGCUGAAGACUUUAGAUUGUUCAAGGGUUUCUCCAUGAACAAUCUGAACGAUCCUCCUAGAUGGAACAUUAGACCAGAGGCCGCUGCUGGAGAUGACGGGGGCAGAUGGAAUUAUGUGCUGCUGGUGCCCAUGAUUGGGCUGGCAGCAUUUCGUUGGAUAUGGACUCGAGAAUCACAGAGCCAGAUCCAAGAUGUGAAGAACAAGUACAACAGCGACAUGGCAGCCAUUACCAGAGACCUGGAGCUGAAGUACAGGGAGACGCUGACGGAAAACCGGCGGACAGCAGCGCACCUGGAGGUGGAGCUUGAGAAGGAACACCAGCGCGUGCAGGGCUACAAGAAAGCCCUGAUCUCUCAGAGUCAGCAGCUCAUGGAGGAACGGAAGCAGCUUCAGCAGGAACGACAGGAUCUGGAGGAGGAGAAGAACCGUCUGCUGCAGUCUGGAGUGGCCGGGGCGGCGCUGCGGAAAGCCCUGCAGCGAGAGGAGGACUGGCAGCGCAGGGCUCAGGCUCUGCUACAGGAACUGGAGGUGAAGCUGGUGGAGAGGCAGGAAGCUUUCUGCAGCAUCCUGUUGCCACGAGAACAUCGUCUGGAGAUGGAGAAGAACCUGCUGCUAAAGGUGGCUAAAGACCCGGUGGGUGCCGAGCUGAACCUAGAGGAAGAUCUCAGGGACAUUUUUAAGAACGACAGACACUGUGCAGAUUUAAUGAACAUGGAUAAGCGCAAGAAUGGGAAUUUGAUGUGGCUGUAUCUCAGGUACUGGCAGCUCCAGGUCACCCUGCAGAAACACAAGAGGGCAGAAGAGACGCUAAAAGGGGCAUCGCCAAACUCCAGCAGACCGUGAGGAGUGUAGAUCUCGAUAUAAAACAAGAAUUGUCUUCCUUAAAUGUUUUCCUUUGCUUAUCCAAGGUUUUCCCAUGAUUUAUUUAUCAACUAUUUAUGAUGCCAAACGUUUUUGUGAAACCACUUGAGCCCCGAGUCUUUGACAGUCAUAUCAGAACAUGACUGUAUAUUAGGGAUGCACGAUAUUA